AUGGUUCUGGAGCCGCGCGCUCAAAGACUGAGAGUGGAUGCGAGCAAGGGAUGGGUCAGCAUAAUCAUCAUCUUGCCUGAGGACAACCUUCCAUGCUUCGGGGAGAACGGCAUGGUGGGUACGGAACGCCCCGGCAGGGCGCGUCGUGUAGGCUGCAAUAUCCAAUACUCCGUGGUGGAUAAUCAUUAG